AUGGACGAGGCCAGACGGAGGUGUACGCGGCAGCAGCGAGAAGCUGUUGCCCGUCUCGGCGGUCGAGGCGAGACGGACGCCGGCGCCCAGGUACACGAGCAGGAGGGCAACGCCAUAGGCGAGCUGGCCGAGCGCGAAGGGAAGGACGCCGAGCUGCAGGCCGGACCGGGAGGCAGAAAGCGCGGCGGCAAAGGUGACGAUGCACCGCAGGAAGGUGGCGAUGGACUCGGCGCUGGCGCGGGUGCCGAACUCGAGACGCGUCUGCAUCAGCACGAAGAUGGGCUCAGCGAGCAGCUCGAUGAUGGCGGCGGCACCAUAGAUGCGGAGGGACAGGACGAAGUUGACGACGGCCUGAUGGAUGGGGGUGCGGGAGCGGGCUCUAGAGGGGGCUCUGGCGCUGGAAUGGCGACGCGCAGGCUCUAUCGGGCGAUAGAAGAGGACGGAAAAGUAGUAGACCUCGAGCUGGGCAGACAGGCCGAGGAGCGCGGCGGUCAGAUAACGCAGGAGGAGCUGGUUGGCGAGAAAGGUGAGGGCGCGCGAGGCGAUCUGCAGGGUGAUGAGCAGCGAGGCGCCAUGAACGGCAGCAGACUCGGUGCCAGCACCAGCCGGUACGUUGGUUGUUGUGCCAGGAGCAUCUGUCGGCGAUGA